UGAAAGUAGCCGCCAAGCGAUCCCGCCUACCGCAGGGUCGAUGAUACGAGGAGGCAACCGCAAUCCGCCUGGAGUAGAUUGCUCGGGAGCAGUAAGAAUAGCCGCGAAAACGUUGUACCCCGGCGCGCGGCCAAUUGAUGACAAGCAGCUUCAAAAGCUAGCAGAGGAAAGAAAAGUCGGCUACUGAUGAUUAUGGUUGACUGCAGCGCAGCAUCGUGGUCAAAACUACCUCCAGUAAAUACCAAGAGCAAUGCAGCAGUAGCCCAGCACGGUGUUCGUCUCCCGAGCCCAGUAUCGCAGCUGAGGUGUAGGUCUUUGCUGCUGCCAGCAAAAUUGAAGAAGAGUGGAGGUUGCUAUGUGCUUUUUUUCAAGAACGAGUCGAAUCCUGGAAGACCCUAUCUUCGACCUCGUGCAGCGUUUCGGAAUCAAAUCGACGAGUACUUGUGGCUGCAUUUGCACUCCAAAUUAAUGACGCAACAACCGCACGUACAGGCAGCAACAAGCCACAACAGCAAAUCGCCAUCCAAAGGAGCGUCGCACCCCGACGCUGAGCCUGCAGGGGCAAUUAACGAGC